ACUAGUGAUAACUUGUAUCUUUUAAAUUCAAAGACAGUCACUUUUGCCAAACAUUUAAAACAAAGUGAUUGGUCGGAUAUCCUCAGGUUUCCAAAAAAUGCCACCAAAACCAUUGGUGCAGUUUCAUUUGGCUCUCGUCCUCCUGAAAUUGGAGUUCUGAUUGAAGUCAAGGAUUAUUUUAACCAAAAGAAAUUAUUUUUAACCAUCUAUAAUGAAGAGACCAAUACAUGGGUGCUUUCAACCAUUUUUUUAUACACUGAUUCAGAGUCUUUGCCUGUUAGACCUCUCUGUAUGCAAUUUAUUGAAUCAGCUUUGCCAGCGGUAUUCAUCUGGAGCAAUACAACUGUAUUCUACAGCUUGAGAAACAAUAGCAAGAAUGGAAAGCUGCAGAUUAAUGGAGACAAAAAUCUUUCCAAUGCUGUGGAAGGAAGCACUAUCCAUCAAAUUAUUUUUGAUCAUAAAUUGCAUAUUGUCAUCAAGAUGGUCAACAAUUUAAUACUUUUUGGUACAGUUGGCAUAAACACACUGGUGAGAUUACACGUAUGGGAACGACAUGAUUCAAAUAUAAUCCUUUACUCCAACCUCCUAAGUCAGAUUUUUGUGAUUAAAUUAGUCAAUUCUGUAAUCCAAGAAUAUGAAUAUCCUCUGGAGACUGAAAUUUAUAGUACUUUAUCAAUGCAAAGCAAGCCAAAAUGUCCAUUCCAGCAAUUCAAGCACAACUUGGAGUACCCAAUAUACUAUCUAGAUAUGGGAGAAUCGCUGCAUUUUUGGGCUGAAAUUAUAUACAAGCAGGAAAGCGGAUUACAAAUAGAGAUAAUAGAUCACAAUAAGAAUCUGCUUAAUUGGAUGACUAACUAUAGCUAUCAAAUAACUGCACAUUUUUAUACAAGAACCAAGCUUGUGUUUUACAACAGAAAAAGAUUCGGUUGUCCCAUUAGGGUUUAUUACAAAACUCCUUUCAAGCCAAUUUUAGAAUUGUAUCUGGGUGAAAAAUUCAUCAGUAAUGUAUCUGCUAAUUACAUUCUUUGGGAGGAAGAGGAGAGGACUGACUUUUACUAUAAUACAACUAUGCUACAGGUUGGUUGUCAGCAGGAAGCACAGACCUGGGAAAAUAUGCUUGCUACUCACAAAACUCAACGAAAAAGAAAAGAUGUCUGGGGUCCUUGGAAUUACAGGUCUUGCUUUGAAGCUCAUGGAUCGGUUAAAAGCAUGGAUAGACCAUACGAAAUCCUGAACUCAACAGGCUCAAUGUACCUGACGUGGCCAAAUGAUCAUACUGGAGUUUAUCUCUUCACUGUGAAAAUAGUGGACCCCAAUUUCAGUUUCUGUGAAUUGACAGCUGAAUUUGCCAUAGAAACCUAUGGGGUCAUAAUCAGGUAUAGUGUUUGCAAAAAAGUAACUUUCCAGACUGGACAGUAUGCAUCUGUAUCAGCACUAAAUAGCAUGAAAUAG